UUCACAGCUGGGGCACCCCGCCUGCCUCUCCAUACCGGGGGACCCACACAGACGCUCAGCCCUCACCCCACAGCUGCCCCUGGGCCGUGGGCCGGCGGACACCAUGCAGGCCAUCAAAUGUGUGGUCGUGGGAGAUGGAGCCGUCGGCAAGACGUGCCUGCUCAUCAGCUACACGACCAACGCCUUCCCGGGAGAGUACAUCCCCACCGUGUUUGACAACUAUUCAGCCAAUGUGAUGGUGGACAGCAAGCCGGUGAACCUGGGCCUGUGGGACACGGCUGGCCAGGAGGACUACGACCGCCUCCGGCCCCUCUCCUACCCCCAGACGGAUGUCUUCCUCAUCUGCUUCUCCCUCGUCAGCCCUGCCUCCUACGAGAAUGUGCGUGCCAAGUGGUACCCCGAGGUGCGCCACCACUGCCCCAGCACCCCGAUCAUCCUGGUGGGCACCAAGUUGGACCUGCGCGAUGACAAGGACACCAUUGAGAAGCUGAAGGAGAAGAAGCUGGCGCCCAUCACCUACCCCCAGGGCCUGGCGCUGGCCAAGGAGAUCGACUCCGUCAAGUACCUGGAGUGCUCCGCCCUCACCCAGCGGGGCCUGAAGACCGUCUUCGACGAGGCCAUCCGCGCCGUGCUGUGCCCGCAACCCACGCGGCAGCCCAAGCGCCCCUGCAGCCUCCUCUAGGGGUGGCAUCCCAGCCCUGGCACCCGCGCGGUUCUACCCUCCGGUCCCCCAUUCAAAGCCGGAUGGCACCCUGCCC